GUCCGUUCUAAUUUUAAGUAUAACAUAGUCUGCUUGUAAACAACUUAUAAGAAGGAUGUUUAUACAGGAACAGGCAAUUACAUAGCAGAAUGGUUUACUUGUGCAGUGGAGUUAAUGUAAAUACAGAGUUCUUUGUUUUGAGGAGAAUGCUAGAUUGUGUGAAGUGCAAACACAUACUUUGAGUCAGAAAAUCAGAAUCGUAUACAUUAUUGGCGCAUUGGCUAAUUCCUAAUGAAUGAAACCUCUGUUAUUGCGCAUGUUUGAAUUCAUUCAAAUCCAAAGGAUUUUUGUGAUCUCGGAUGCUUUGUCACCGAUGGAAUAACCUAGAUGGGGACGACUCAGUUCUUAUUGCUGUCGGCUUUCGUAUGCUUUACAACGGAAGCGCCGUAUCCUAAAACAGGUUUAGUUUUGUUACGAAACAAGAGGAACGUGAAGAGUCGUGCAGAACUCCGGUCAUGUGCCCGACACAACUGCAGUAAUUCGGCCUGUCCGAACGAAGACGGUUGGCAUUUAUACGGCUCAGACUGGGGUUGCUGUGGUAACUAUGACGGCUGUUGCACGUGGGCUUCCGUCGUCUGUUACGCGCAUGACGUCAUAUGUCAGUGUUGUGACUACGGGUGGUGGUGUGGGCCGGAAUGUAGACGGGAGCCAGAGUGCUUUCUUCCGGGACGGAAAAUCCCGAAUCCAUUUGAAGGAUUGGAUCAUAGCGCGGUGAAUGAAAUUCCAAACUCCAUGCCAAAAAAGGGAUAUCCAACAAACAAGAAUGGAUCAGGGCACAAAAUUGUUCAAGAAAAACGAAAUAACUCUGAACAUAACAACACGAUUCUAAAUAAAAGAUUUACCUUUAAAAGUGCAAUUGAAAAUACAGAGGAAUAUAUAUCUGAAAAUAUCGAACAAUUGCCAAGUAACGAAACUGAAAACGACUUUUACGUCCAAAAUAUGACGCAGAAAUUAAACUAUUCUAACUUUCUAAACGAGGACAGAGGCAAUUCUUCUUUAACUAAAGAAUUCGAUACCGGACAUACAAGUGGUGACACUAGUGAUAAUAGCAUAGGAAAUGUCACACAAGACGCCAUAAACGAAACUACUCACACUAUGGAUAAACAUGACAAAACUGAAAUAUCACGGUACCAAUUUCACAAUAUUACUAAAUCCGGCAAAACAGCAAAACAUAACGAUGGAAGACUACUUAACAAUUCCUUAGAAACAAUUGAAGAGAUGGAAGAAGCUUACGAUACGAUCAACCACACAAGAAAGACUAAUAUUACGGGAGGGGACGACGAUUAUAAUUCAACAACCACAGAAAGCCAGACGGCUGGAGAUAAUAGUAUCGCAGGGGAACAGAUCCCCGAGGUGGAAGGAAACGACAACAGAGAGGAUACAGAUUCUGAGGAUUUAUUCCAAAACGUAAUCCAUGUUGCCAGGAUGUCUUCCGCGUCGUCAGAAGUUCCUGAUCCAGAGCAAGAUAGCGUUGGAGAGGAGGACGGUAGUGGAGAACUGUGAUACUUAUAUAAGUCUUAAAUGCCGAGAAUCACACAUGGAUAGUGUGAUAUACAGUGGAAACAAUGUGUUUCAUAUAGUCCCUCAGUCUGAAGGCGAGUCUAACAGCGUUUAGCUCUGAAACAAGGUAAUGUAGCGGAAACGAUGGGAACCACACAGUCUCUGUCUGAAUAUUGAUAAAAUAUUUUACUUUGCUGCUUUUAACGUUAAUGUAAUAAUUGAAAUGCAUAUCUGUUAACGUUAAUGAUGAUAUGAAACAAGAAAAACUCUAAAAGUUUUAUUUUCACUGUGAAACCAUUCAUUUCACUGGUAAAAUUAAUAAAACUAAUAUCAUAUCUUUGGCGUAUAACAACACAUAAUUUACAUGGACAUUGGUAAAAAAAAAUGAUAUUAUAACAAGAAAUAAAGUUAUUCCACACUGAACUGCUUUCUACCAUCGAUUUUAUUCAUUUAUUUUAACAUCAGCAAAUAUUUUGUGGCUCAGUAGAAUUUGUGGAUCGUGCUCAAGACACAGAAAUAAUGAAAAGAACCAUUAAAACAAAUUACCUCGUUGAUUUAUUUAUAUAUUUUAAUGUCGGCAAAAAGUUUAUGGGCGAGUAGAAUUUUGCGGAUUGUAUUAAAGACACCAAAAAAAGUGACAAGAAAACAUGACAUACAGUGUUUAAAAUACAAAGAUAAGAUACAACGGAUCUUCAAUUUUUUAUUUAGAUAAUUUUGAUGAUAAUACAAUUUGGUUUGUAUCAUGAUAUCACAGAAAAAAUAUUUUGAUAACUAGGGACAUUCAAUGACAAGGACUGACAAAAACAACGGAAUACAAUACACACUUUCUCAUGUCAUUUCUCAUUUGUAACUAAAAUGUUAAAAGUUUGAGUUCAAAUUGUUUUCACAUUUUGCUCUUGAAAUGAUAUCAACUGUUUGUGAUUGCAUCACCUAUCUUAACAUGUAUAUAUAAGCAAAAAUAAUAUGGUCACAAUUUAAAGUAAUAUUUUUACAAUCAUAGGCUCUUUUCAAUCUUCCUAUGUGACCUUCUCAAAGAAUAUAAUAGCAUUCUCUCAGAUGAUCAAAUGGCUCAAUGAGCGAACUGUCUGUAUGUAAUAAACCCUUUCACCACUGUAGACCAUAAGGACUCUUCCAGAGCAAUGUAUGCAUGGGAGAGUCUACUAAAGUUACAUACAUUUUAGGGGUGAAAGGGUUAAGAGUUCAUGGUUCGAGUUUCAGGAACGUUUCGUAAAACCUUCCUGGAUUUCAAAGAGCCUCAGAUUGUAAUUGUCACCUCACAUUAGAUCCCCAUGAAAAUAAUUAGAGUAUUUGAUACUUAUUCAUGUAUAUUAAAGUGUUGAAUUUCACAGCUGUUCAGCCAAAAUCAACCCUAGCAACAGUUUUGGCCGAUUUGCUGUACAAUACAACACUGUAAUCAUUAUCAUUGGGAACACUUGUAUGCAGCUAUAACCGGCUUCAACUCAAAUGUGAAAAUUUGAUUUGGGAUCCUUGUCCCACUUAAGGCACAACGCUAAGGAAUUCCAUCAUCGUUUGUAUCCAUACAUAGUUACCUCCCCUUAAUUCCGUUUUGGACAUGACUGUAGUGGAACUAGGCCGGGAAAUUACUACUGAUCAGGUAGGUCUGUUAGUAAGAGUGGCCAUCAUUUAAUUGGAGAUCCUGGGUAUGAAUCCAGAUCUGGCCCCAUUCCAUUUUUAAUCUCAGAAACUUAUGUUGAUAUCUUUAUUUCAUUUCUUAAGUUUUCAUAAUAUUUUGCAAGGUAAGGGUUUCUUUUCAAGAUUUUUUUUUCCAUGCCAAAAAAGGUUUCCAAUUCAUUGUUACAGUUUUUUGGCAGUGGUACAAGGAUCUAAAAUCUUUAUCCUCCAAGCCGAAGUUAAAAUUGUGACAUAACAUUUUGGCGUACUUAAAGAAAGGGGAGACAACUCAUAGACAAUAUUUACUUCAUAGACCAAUUUGUCUAUAAAGUUAUUUUAUAUGAUGUGUUUGAUUCAUUGGUAUGAUUUGUCGUGGGGGGAAAAGGUGUUUUGUUCAAUUCCUUAUCUUUCUUUAUUAUAUUAGCACAUAAAUGAUUUAUUUAAUUUUGUGUUACCAAGCAUAAAAAUAAGUAAACUUUUCUUGGUCAAGCUAUGGUCUAUCAAAUUUUCAGCUGGUCUAUAAGAAAUCUAUAUCUAAUAGACCUAUUGUCUAUGGUGUAUUAAUUGUAAAUUCUAUGACUGGACCAGUUUGCAUAGUAGAUGUAAGCUAUAUAAUUUCAAGCAAACACACUGUAAGAAUAACGACAGCUAACAAACCAAAAACAGUUAAGCAUGUAAAAGUCUACUCUGUAGCCAAACGUACCUUGGUAUCUAAUUACUCGCAUAUGAAAUAAUAAACCAACAAUCAUGACAGUGCCUUUGUAAAAUAACAGAAAACAGAAGUGACACACAGGACAUUAGUAUAAACAAAUUAACAGUUACAACAAAACAACAAUUGAACUUCAAAAACAAGUGUUUUCUCCAAAGUGAAGGAUUGUGUAAACACCAUCUAAAUUUUGGAAUUUUGCCCACAACAUCUACAAUGCCCCUCCAUUUUUAGUUUUUUGCUUGUGAAAACUUAAUUUAAAAAAAAAAAAAAAAAAAUCUUUA